UCACCAUGCGCUCCUUCGCUUGGGGCGAAAUAGCCUCCGUGCGUAUUCCCUGUCAAGGAUGCUCCAUGUUGUGCAUAAUUGGCGAAUGGAAGCGGACGCAGCAUCUCAAAAGAAUAGAAGAUGGACCUACCUGGAUAUGCUCCAGUGGGAGUUGGUGCAUGUGCACAAUAGGCAGGUGCUUCCUGAGGGUGCUGACGCGCGCUCUGAGGAUAAGCAGCCUGACUCUGCUGUUGAGGAUACCCACUGUGCUGCGAGUGGGAUUGACGAGAAGGUUGGGAAGACUGUUGAAGGUGAGGUUGUUGCCUUUGACUGUUGGAAGCAGAGGGAUGCAUUUCGAAGAACUCGCCUGUCAUUCCCGGCCUAG